AUGACGAACGACAAGGCGCCGCACACCCCGGUGAAGGGCCACCACCAGCAGCAGCAGGACGCCGCUUCCAAGCAGCAGCAAGCCGCCGCCGCCGCCGCCGCCGCACCGCCGGCAUCACCGGGCUCUCCAGGUUGGACGACUGUGGCCGGCAACAGCAGGCGAGACGCAGGGAAGUGGGGUCGUGGGAGGGGUCGGGGGCGUGGGGCCGCCGGAGGAGCAGCGGGGCGUGGUGGAGGCGACGCAGGACGAGGUGGGCGCGGCGGAUCACACCAUUCUUCCUCCGCCCCAGCGACAACGGCGACGACGACAACAACAACGACAGCAGCCAAACCCCGCGGCCGUAAACCCGCCCGUGUUGAGCAACGCAAACCCUCCAUUUCCUCCGCUGGCGGCGACUCCAACGACUCGGCGCUCUCCUCCGACUCCGACGACGACGACGCCGAGCGGUCCCCGUCCCCACCUCCCUCGGUCCCGCUAACCUUCUGGACCCACAUCGUCUUCCUCUGCCCGAUGGCCGACUGCCCACCCGACACUGUACCCACCACCAACCCGACCGUCGCACUCGACCACCUCAAAGCCGCACACGGCAUCGAGGUGCGCAACCCGCACCACGUGCUCCCGUACCUCGACAAGUACAUCGAGCACUGGGCGCGCGCGAUCGACGAGCAAGGCCUCGAUUCCGUCGCGACCAAAUCCGAUCAGACCACCAACCCCGACGGCACGGGCAAAGUCGUCUACAUCCUCGGCCACGACAACAACCUGGAAGACAAAGCCUUCCGCGAGCGGCUCCAGCAUGACAAGCUGAACCAUAUGCUCAAGAUCCAGGAACAGGAGCGCGCAGAGGACACCACCCACGUACAGCGCAAAUGCCUCUUCUGCAAAGUCACCUGCGACAACCGCUCCCUCCUGUUCAAGCACAUGUUCAGCGAGCACGGGUUCAACAUCGGGCUGCCGGACAACCUCGUCGAAGUCUCCGAGUUCCUCGAAACCCUGCAAAAGAAGCUCGCGGGCUUGCAGUGCCUGUACUGCGAAAAGAUUUUCAAGACCAGCGCGGUGCUGAGGAAACAUAUGCGCAAAAAGAAGCAUUUCAAGAUCAACCCGAGGAAUCGCGGCUAUGACCGGUUCUACAUCAUCAACUAUCUGGAGCCGGGGAAGAACUGGGAGGCGUUUGAGAAUGAGCGCUAUGAUAGUGAUGAGGACCGCAAGGAGGAGGAAUGGGAAGACUGGAACGAGGAAGACAGCACAGCCGACUCGACAAUGUGUCUUUUCGACGAGUCCGUGUUCCCCUCUGCCGAGAGCGCCCACGAACACAUGAAAGCCGCGCACUCGUUCGAUCUUCGCGCUAUUCGCGAGGAGCAUGACCUAGAUUUCUACGCCUCCAUCCGCCUCAUCAACUACAUCCGCCACCAAACCGCCCACUGCACCUGCCACGCCUGCUCCACGCCGUUCGACACCAUGCCCGAACUCACACACCACCUCACCUCCCUCAACCACUUCACCUCCCUCCCACCGAAGGACUCGCCGGUGUGGACGGACCCGCAGUAUCUGUUCCCCUGCUACGAGAACGACCCGCUGUUGAUGCUCGAUGUCAUGGCUGCCGACGACGAAAACGAGCAGGAGGAUGAUGAGAAUGACCAUGGGGAGGCGGACGGCAAGGAGGAGCUGAGGAAGGUUGUGAUGCGGGAACGCGAGCGGGCGGAGAAGGUGCGGGAGGAGGAGGAGGAGCGGGAGAGGGAACGGCUUCGAAAGAGCACGGAGGAGGACGGGGAGGAGGAAGGCGAUGUGGAUGUCAUUCUAGUGGGGGUGAAGGAGGUGACGUUGGAUGAGCGUGCGGGUGAGACGGCGUAAUUGGGAGGUUUCCC